CGUCGUCGUCUCGAUCAGCUGCGGCGGCUGCCUUCUCCCUCUCCCCGUCGAUCUCGUCUCUCGCCGAAGCGAGACCUCGCCACGCCUCGGCUCGGCUCCCCGCGAGGAAGCUGUGCAAUAAGUGUUUAGCUCCGGCAUCGAUAUGAUGGAGGUCCUGAGUUGGAGAACGGUGUGCCUCUUGGUUCUCUGCACUCUGACAUUGUUAUACCCAGCUUUGGCUAUCCGGUUUGUGAUCGAUAGGGAAGAGUGUUUCUCACAUAACGUGGAGUAUGAGGGGGAUACGGUUCAUGUAUCGUUCGUGGUGAUCAAGGCUGACACCCCAUGGCAUUAUAGCGAGGACGGAGUGGAUCUUGUGGUUAAGGAUCCUAAUGGUGCUCAAGUCCGUGAUUCUCGUGAUAAGACUAGCGAUAAGUUUGAGUUUAUAGUUCAGAAGAGAGGCGUCCAUCGUUUCUGCUUCACCAACAAAUCCCCAUACCAUGAAACUAUAGAUUUUGAUGUGCAUGUUGGCCAUUUUUCGUACUACGAUCAGCAUGCCAAAGACGAACAUUUUGCACCUUUGUUUGAACAAAUAGCAAAGUUGGAUGAAGCCCUUUACAACAUUCAGUUCGAGCAGCACUGGCUAGAGGCCCAAACUGACCGACAAGCUAUAUUGAACGAAAACAUGAGCAGGAGGGCUGUCCACAAGGCUCUGUUGGAGUCGGCAGCUCUGAUUGCAGCUAGCGUCAUUCAAGUCUAUCUAUUGCGCCGCCUGUUUGAGCGCAAGUUGGGGACAUCGAGGGUCUAAUACUCCAAAAGUAGCAUCACCUCCUAAUUUACACUCGUCAUCCCAACUAAAGCUGUAAUUCUGAACUGUAUGGCUGCUAGAUCUGCUGUUACAUGGUGUGGAUUCCUGUCACACAGACCUUUAAUUAUAUUAUGAUUCCAUAGAUGUUUCCUUGAAACUAUACUGCCAACUCCACUAUACUCCCUUCCAUCAGCUUCAUGCUACAGCUUACUUUGCACAGCUGCAGCGGUCCCAUGAAUGUUCUGCUCGAUUGGAAUA